GCUGAUUUCGAUAGGAAAAAAGCCUACCAAAAUAAAAAUAAUAAUUUGUUGUUAUUAAAAUCAGUUAAGAUGCAACACACUUUGAGGCGCUGCCUAACCAUGGCGACCAUACCAAAAAUGCGAUGCUAUGCAACACUGCCACAUGCUCCAGAGCAGAACAAGAAGCAGGCCAACAGAAAUGAAUUGCCUAGACUUAUGGACUUUCCGGAGAUCAUUUGGCCAUCGGCACUGAACACAAUUAAAAAUUGGAUAACCGUACAGUUUAUCAUACGUCCCUAUUUCGAUAGCGAAUUUCAGAUCAAAGAUUUCAUAUACGGCGCCAAGCAGGCGCUGCAGGUUGUAUCCUCCAAAUUGACAGGCGGUGAUCUGGGCCAACUGCAGCAUCUUGUCAGCGCCGAUGCCAUUGCCGAGCUUAAGCCGGUCGUGCAGAAGCUAUCGAUGACCCAAAGGAAGCAGUUGGAAAUCAAUGAGAGCGAUAUAUAUCUAUCGUUUCCGUAUCAAAUCGGCAUCAUAUUCGAUGAUGCCAAUGAUAAGCUGCAAAAGCGAUGGGUGGAAAUCACAAUGGUGUUUCAUGUGAUGCGGGGACUAUCCGAGAUGCGAGAGCGUGGCGAGGAAAUACCCUGGAAUAUGGGCACCAUGCCAGAGUAUCAGGAUAAGGUGUUCAUAUGCAACUAUCGGUUCAAGAAGGAGUUCACCGCGGGACAACAAUCGGACUGGACCAUCAAUGUGGCCAAUCACUUUAGGGCCAUUGACCUUAUCAACGAAUCCAAAUAACAUAGGAUGACAUGAGAAUUUAGCUGUAAUCCAUUCAACAUUUUGGAAUAAAAUUUGCGUUAAAAUUGUAUAGG